AUAUUGCAGACCUCAUGCUUUACCCUCAUCGCUCUGGCUCAGCAAAUCGACCAGGGAUCAAUCAGUGGUUAAACAAAGAUUGGGAAGGCAACGACGCCUUUGGUCCUUGCUCACAGUCCUUGGAGCCGAAUUAAUCAUCGCUCUUUCAGUCUCUGCGGCAACGAUCUUUCCAUUUCCAUCACAACUCACUUCACUCUGCCGACAGAGACCGAUUUCUUCUAGACACCACACGGUACUUCUACCACUUCGGCUCCCGACCCAUCUCCGACAGCCUGCUGCAGCACAACAUAAACCUCUCCGGCGCCCAGCAGAUGUUGCAGCACCGCGCCACACACCUUUUGACCUCGUCACCUGCAGCUCGCCUCAUUUGAGCGAGGAAAGGGAAACUUCGCCCCGCCACCGCCGUCUUGCCCAGCAUCCCACCGACCGACCGACACUCACACUGCGUUUGCGCAACCAACAAAUAUGGACGACGACCCGGCUGCCACCCAGGCCCGGGACAAGGAGGCACUCAGGAACCUCGCCAACGAACUCUUGGACCUCGAGGGUGAACGAGACUUUCGACAAGCCAUCGCCGAAUCUCUCGCCGACGGGAACCCGCGAGACUACGAGAAGGCUCUUCGAGAAUACGAUUCGGCUGCGAAAACGAUUGAUAGCAAGACACUCGAGAAGCAACGACUGGAACAGCGGAUUCGGGCGGCCAAGAACUCUGCGCGCCAGUCAACGAGAGACGCUACAUUCGGAGAAGACGCAAACAUGAGAGCGGCUAGGGACCGCUGGGGAGUUGCCAACGUCCCCUACAGACCAUCUCCCGGGUCCCAAAACGCAUCUCAAGAACCUUCGAAGAACGCAUACGCCAUGUCUAACUCGGGUUCUGCUCGUGCCGGCUCGGCUUCCUGGAAUCCUUCUGAACCGCCUGUGCCAAAUCUUGGUAGUUCGGCAAGUCACAUCAGUCCGUUCAACAAGAAGAGAGCCUUUGGUUCCGCCUAUGAGUCUCUUGGCCAGGCCAACUCAGGCCGGAACAAGUCUCAGCGCACAAACGAUGUGUCUGAUGUUAUCGACCUUACUGGGGACGAUGAUGAUGUACACACAUCGUUCAUGUCGCGCUCAAAGCAGGCGGAGGCACAGGAACGAGGUCGUAGAAUGGCCUCAAUGGUACGCACUCCUCGCAAUUUCUCUCAGGCCAAUUCAUACGACGCCAGGCCUCCUCAUCCUCCUCCUGUGGUCCGUCAUCCCCCAGGCGCAUAUGGCAAUGGAUAUGCCAAUGGGCUCAAUCCCAGCAUUGGCAUUCCCCAGGGAUAUGCCAGCGCGAGCUCUUCUUCGAGUAUGGCUUCAACCCCUGGCGGAGAUUUCAUGCCCCGGAUGCCGGGUUCUUACAUCGAUGAGGAAGACAUGAACUUUGGCUUCACGCCGGCUAGCCAGAUGAUGAACCGGCAGCUAGCCAAUCGGAAUGGAUAUCCUUUCGGCAACAGAUCUUCUCUCAGCACCUCUGAUGUGAUCAACAGAGCUAACAACUACAACUUCAUGGACCUUACCGACGGCUCCGGAAACCCGCUGGAUGCUCGCGUUGUCUCCUUGAUGGAGGACAUUAACAAUGACCCUCGCAGAUCCAAAGAGGAAGUGGAGGCACUUCUACGGAAUGUGCAUGCCGGCAUGGAUAUCCCCGAAGAAGAUCGGGAGGGAACUCCUGAAGCCAUGAGAUACCCUCUUUAUGCGCACCAGAGAGUUGCGUUGACAUGGAUGAAGCGCCAAGAGAAGGGCACCAACAAGGGAGGUAUUUUGGCCGAUGACAUGGGCCUGGGCAAGACAAUUUCCGUUCUGUCCCUCAUGGUGUCACAAAAGUCGACCAAACCAUCAUGCAAGACCACUUUGAUUGUGGCCCCGCUGUCCCUGAUUCGACAGUGGGAAGAUGAGAUCAAGAAGAAGCUCAAAAGUGGCCCGCCUCAUGCCUUGACGGUAUACAUCCAUCACAGCACUCAAAAGACGAAAGCCCAAGAGUUGAUGAAGUACGAUGUCGUCCUGACCACCUAUGGGACCCUCGUCUCGGACAGGAAGAAGUAUGCUGCUUGGCUCAAGGACUUGGAUGGACGUCCUGCGUUGACCAAGACCGACCCCAACUUGGCAAACUCUGUCUCCCUGUUCCAUCCAGACUACUCAAAGUUUUAUCGUAUCGUUCUGGACGAAAGCCAACAGAUCAAGAAUCACAAGGCGCAGGCGGCUGGAGCCGCUUCCCACCUGCAAAGCGAGUAUCGUUGGUGCCUAUCCGGUACACCGAUGAUGAACGGUGUCGACGAGCUCUAUUCCCUCUACAGAUUCCUGAGAAUCAAGCCAUACAGCGACUGGUCUAAGUUCCGCGGCGCCUUUGGAGUGCUCUUCGGGAAAAAAGGUGACCCUCAGGCCCAAGCGAUGAGAAACUUGCAAGUUCUCCUCAAGGCGACUCUUUUACGCCGGACCAAGACCUCGCAGAUUGAUGGCAAGCCCAUUUUGCAACUUCCGGAGAAAACCGAGGAGGUGGUUUACGCAGAGUUGGACGAGGACGAGCGCAAGUUCUACACUGAUCUAGAGACCAAGUCGCAGGUGCAGAUCAACAAGUACCUGCGAAAGGGUACUCUCGGCAAGCACUAUUCUCAUGUAUUGGUGUUACUUCUCCGCCUUCGUCAGACUUGCUGCCACCCGCAUUUACUUCUUGAAGCAGACGAUGCAGUGCCUGAAGUUGAUGACGAUAUGCUCAAUCGCGUCAGAACUUUAUCUAUAGCGGUUGUUCAACGCCUUACUGAGAAGUCUCGCGCUCUCGAGAGUGCCGACGCCAUCAAUGAGGGCUUUGAGUGCCCAAUCUGCUACGACAUGAUGCCCGACCCGACUAUCCCAUUGCCCUGUGGGCACGAACUCUGUGCGGGCUGUCUCAAGCAGCACGUUGACAACGCUAGGCGUGAGAACAUUAGAAAUGGCGAAGACGAAGGCCAGGUCAAGUGCGCUGUCUGCAGAGGCACGUUAGACCCGACGAACAUAAUCACCUUUUCAGCAUUCAAGAAGGUCUACAUGCCUGAUGAAGCUGCUAGCGGAAGCUCUGAGGAUGAAGAGUCUGACGGCUCCGUUUGGAGUAGCGAUGAUGAGGAGGAGGAAGAAGAAGAGGAGCAAGACGAUGCCGAUGCAGAUGACGCCGACAAGAACGGCGAUCUCAAAGGCUUCGUCGUUCCUGAUGCUUACGCUAACAUUAGUGAUGAUGAGGACGAGCUGUCAGGGUCUCCAGCGCCAAAGCCCAAGCCGACCGAACGAAAGAAGAGGAAAUCAAAGGGCAAAAUGAAGGCUGCAAAGUCCUCAAGUAAGGAGUCGAAGAAGAGACUGAAGAAGAUUAAGGGCAGCCAGUUGGCAACGCUUCGAAAGAAUGCCAAGAAGAAUGCUGGUGCCUGGCAGGACUACACGAAGUAUCUGAGCCACCAUUGGCUUGCUUCAUCCAAGACGAGAGCUUGUGUGGAUCUUCUCAAGAAGAUUCAGGAAACAGGCGAGAAAACAAUCAUUUUCUCCCAGUGGACUAUGCUGCUGGAUCUUUUGCAGGUCGCGAUCAGAAAGCAAGGUCUCAACAUCAAGCAUUGCCGCUACACAGGAGAGAUGUCGAUGGCGCAGCGUGAUGACACUGCUUUCACCUUCUCAAACGACCCGAGCAUGAAGGUCAUGAUGGUGUCGCUGCGUGCCGGAAACGCUGGUCUCAACCUUGUCGCGGCUUCGCAAGUCAUCAUCAUGGAUCCUUUCUGGAACCCGUACAUUGAGAUGCAAGCCGUUGAUAGAGCUCACCGCAUCGGCCAGCAAAAGCCUGUGAAGGUGCACCGAAUCCUGACUCAACAAACGGUUGAAGAUCGUAUCGUCCAGCUUCAGGAGAAGAAAAGGGCAACGGUGGAUGCAGCUUUGGACGAGCGUGAGGGUGCCAAGUUGGCUGGCCUCAGCAUGACUGAACUGCGUUUCCUUUUCAAUCUUUGAGAGAGGAUUUGACCGAUCUACAUUCGAUUUCGAAAUCCAGUUCCCAGUCUCGUUUGUGGAGGUUCACAACACAAUCUCUGACGAUCUGGAUCGGAAGUCAAUUUCUUCUGUGACUUUUUUGCACCAGAUUUCGUUCUUUCUGCGAGGCGGAGGAUGCCUUUUUUAAUUAUUGGUCUUGGGGGAGGGUAUUAUGAAUCGCUUACGACUGGCAUUUUAUUGCAUCCGCAUCACUACGGAGAACAGGGAACAAGGGAAGGGGGAAAGCAUACCCAUGACGAAGACAUGGGCACAGAAAAUAGGCUUCGCGGCCAAAGACCACGGGAAUUUGACGAGGAUGGGAAAGGGGGGGAAGGAAAUAUCUUCUCCCCCUGUCACUUCAUCCUCUUUUUCUUUUCUUUUGUUGUCACAAAUCCCAUGAGGCGUCCAGGGUACAGGUACAGGGCCAGGCUCAG